UUAUAUAUACUAAUCAAUCUAAUCUAAAUCUAUACCACACUACUAUUGUAACAUAAUAAGCCUGUUCCUUCAAACAUACCAUCUUUAGCUUAAAGCUAAGCCUCUCUUUUUGUCCUUAAACAGACCAAAAACAUGUCUUCCUCCUCAAACCAAUCAAAAACCAUAACCUCAAACCCCAACAUACAAAAUGACGAGAGUAAAUGGGUUAUUCAUAUCCAAAAAACCCUAGAACGAGAGUUGGAGGAGGAGAAUGAGAUCAAUGUCAGCAUUUUCGGUGUGCCCAAAACCCUAAUGGUGUAUGAUCCCGAGUGCUACGUCCCACAAAGAGUAGCCAUAGGACCCUACCAUUAUACCAACCCGGAGCUCCAUGAAAUGGAGAGGCACAAGCUCGAUGCCGCCAAGAUUUUCCAGAAGCAGCUAAGAACCAUAAAGCUGCACAGUCUAGCAGAGGAGAUGAUGAAAGUGGAGUCCAGGAUUCGGCUUUCCUACGACAAACAGCUGAAUCUUAGGGUGGAGACGCUGGCGUGGAUGAUGGCGGUGGACGCCUCGUUCUUGCUGGAGUUUCUCAAGGUUUAUGCUGUUAAAGAAGGGAAGCUUAUGGCCGCCAUGAUUUCGGCCAAGAUGUCGCAUUUGGUCGACCUUAAGGGGAAGAAAUCGUCCCAUAAUGCCUUGCUUAGAGACAUUAUUAUGCUUGAGAAUCAAAUCCCAUUUUUCAUUCUUAGAAAAAUGCUGCAACCGCAGUGCCCGUCCCCCGAGGCGUCUGAUGACUUGCUUCUCACCAUGUUAAUGGGGUUGUCCAAAGAGCUUUCCCCGUUCAAGAACGAGGGCUCCGCCGUUGUUCAAAUCGCCGACGCUACUCACCUCCUGGGCUACCUGUUCCAGACCAUCGUGCCGGAAAUGGAAAGUGAGCACGUGGAAAUAGAGAUUGAUGAAAAUGGGGGAAUGAAGGAGAAGAAAGAUGGAGAAGAGGAUGAGUUCUUGAAGAAUUCAGGUUAUGUCAAGAGUGCUUUUGGUCAGGUUUGGGGUAUCCUUAAAAAGCUAAACAAAGGCCCCGCGAGAGCUUUAAAGAGACUUUCGUCGUUAGCUCCGGUGAAAACCGUCCUUUUAAUGCCGUGGAAAGCCAUCACCAAGCUGCCGGGGCUUAACGUGAUGAAGGGUCCGAUUGAGAGCUUAUUUUCCUGCGGCCAAAAACCGGACGGCGACGAGAAUUCCGAUUCCAAAGACAACGCCGAUAAACCCCCGUCGAUCGAGGAAAUCACCAUCCCCUCCGUCACCGAGCUAGCCAACGCCGGCGUACGUUUUAUCCCGACCAAAAAAGGCAUCCUCAGCAUCGAAUUCGACGCCAAAACCUUCACCCUCUAUCUCCCCGUCGUCACCCUCGACAUAAACUCCGAGGUGGUUCUAAGAAACCUCGUCGCCUACGAGGCCUGCAUCGCCAAAGGCCCAUUAGUCCUUGCACGCUACACCGAAUUCAUGAACGGGAUCGUGGACACCGACGAGGACGUGAAGUUUCUGAGAGAAAAAGGGAUCAUUUUGAACCGCCUGAAGAGCGAUUCGGAGGUGGCGAAUCUGUGGAACGGAAUGAACAAAUCUGUGAGGUUGACGAAAGUGGCGUUCUUGGAUAAAACGAUCGACGAUGUGAACAAGUUUUACAAUUGCAGGUGGAACGUGAAGACGAAGAGAUUCAUGAGGUCUUACAUAUUUGGAUCGUGGCAGUUCCUCACCUUAUUGGCAACUAUUGUGCUCUUGUUGCUCAUGGUUUUGCAGUCUUUCUGCUCUGUUUAUACUUGUUCUCGCUUUUUCAACGACGUUACUAUUCUGGGCACAAACGAACAGAAUUAGAUUUGUACAUUCAUAUAUUGAACCCAGUGAUCAAACCAAUAGGACCAAGAUUCAACAAAUUAAGUAGUUUGAUUUU